AUGCCAAAAUGGUUAUGGAAACCGACACUGAAGAAAAUGCCGGAUCACGAGCCGACACCGAAAGAAUAUCGAUGUUGUUGUGGAUGUUGCACAUCUCAAUGUGGUUUCACCUUCCUCACCUGUUUAAUGGUCAUCGGCACAAUAUUGAGUAUGGCUGCGACAGUGGCCGUUCUUUUUUACAGAGCUCCAAUCACCUACUCCUAUUUGUCAAUGGUUAACGCUGUCAUUUCCAUAUUGAUGACAUUGAUGGCCCUGCUCGCUCGCAGCACGUUAAGACCGAUUUUUAUGCAACUAUGCUGGCUAGUUAUGCUAUUCAAUUAUGGAGUUGGAGUGGUGAAUAUUGUGCACGGAUUGAUAGUAGCACUCAAUAUGAAUGGGCAAAGCAUUCAAAUAAAUGGAUAUCUCUACACGUAUCGAUCUGAUCCGGUAUGGAUUGGUGGAAUUGCUGGUGGAAUGGGGCUGAUCAUGCUAGUGAUUGGAUUGUGGAUUUUGACAUGCGCUUACUCGUUUUAUCGAUACAUUCGAGAUCGACAGUACUAUUUGGAGAAUAGAGGCAGCGGUGGUGGCGCGAAAAAUUUCACUGUCACUGACGUUCUUCCCGAUUACAGAAGAACCGUGCAAAUUCUGGCAAAUGGUACAAUAAUCUACGUAUCGAAAGUCUACGUGGAAACGAUUUGCGAUUUGAAGUUGGGAAAAUUCCCAUUCGAUCAUCAAGAUUGCCCGAUUCGUUUUAUUGUGAACUCAUAUCCGGAAUUCUUGGUAACAGCGAGCGGAAUGCUUGAACCAUUUGAUGUUCCGAACACAACGGUGAGGCUGAAACAAAUCGUUUCAAUUGAGAACAGCAACUUGAAAAACUAUCAAUCGGUU